AUGGCCAAAUGCAGCCACACCUCAUUAUACAACGAUUGCAGCCCUGCCGCUCAAGAUGCAGGCUUUAAAAGACCACCGAUGAAUAAAAUUUUGGCAGCGAUUUCGCAUAAUGGCAAACGACCCAGAGAUCCUGUGCUUCAACAAGACGCCAUGAAGAACCCGUGGACGUUUCCCGGACCUUUGGUGCUUCCAGAUGACGAACUGGCCGUGGAGCCUGAUGAUGAUGGACAGACAUUCAAGGAAUGGCUUGAUAUGGAUGAAGAGGAAAGAAAUCAAGUCACAACAGAAAAGAAGACUAUUUACGUCAUCUUACCGCCUACAAUUCCUCAAGAUUUGGAGGAGACGAUGAAGGAUUGGCAUAAACCUGUUCUGCCUGGAGCAUCACCUCGAGAUUUGAAUAAGUGGACGUCUUCGCCACCUCAAGUAAACGAUUUGAUUAAAUAUCUACGCGCCUUUUAUCAUGGUAUGGACGUUGUGCAGUAUCCUGAGACCUUCACAUGGCGACCCUGGGACGAGAAGCCAAAAGCAAAAGCACGCUCAAAAACAACAAAAAUCGGAUUGGAAACGCCUGGAGAACCAGAAAUAUGGGACGUCAGAUGUCGACCAUCUUUGGACGGACGUGCUAGAAUGCAAGUCAACUUGGACGAUGUUGCAGAUGCUCUUCUCCAAAGAAUAUCCAAUGAUGCUUACGCUGUGAUCAUGCUAACCGACUAUGACUUGUAUGAAGAUGAGGAUGACGACUUUACAGUUGGAAGAGCAUGGGGUGCGAGUCGAGUCUGCAUCGUUUCCUCUUUUCGAUAUAAUCCUUCUUUGGAUGCACCAGCUGGUAUAGAUCGAACGCACAUGUGGCCGAACUCUCACUGCAAAACAUUCGUGGAUAACGAGUGCAAAGCUGCUACAGAAGAAGGAGAACCUCGUGUUGCGAAAAGAGCGAAGAAAUCGAGCAGUGCAGCCUAUGGAAAACCACCGCCCGACUCUGCACUCAGCCUCGCCGUCCAAGCAGCAAAACGAGUCCCCAAGCUCACAACAAGAGAUGAACUUGCAAGUUACUGGUUCGCCCGUCUAGCCGUCACGGUAUCACACGAACUAGGUCACUGUUUCGGCUUUGCACACUGUCCGUAUUACGCCUGUGUCAUGCAAGGUGUGAAUAGCGUCCGACAAGAUGGUCAAGUACCUCCUUACCUUUGUCCAGUAUGUUCAGCCAAGUUGGCCUGGGAACUUGGACCGUUAUUGAGUGGUAGUGGAAGUCUGACUGAGAAGCAAAGGCUUUGGGUUGGAGAGCAGAUUAUUGCUUUGAAGGAGUUUUGUGGAGGAUGGAGUCAUGUUUCUCAGUUUGCGGGCUUUGAGGCUUGGCUAGGGAAGGGGUUGGAUGAUAUGAACGAAACGUGA